AUGGUGCCGCUUCAUCCACAUGUAUCACUAUCCGUGAGGACAGACACAAUCACAUCAUCUGUGCCCUCAUCUACAGCGACUGUUCAAAAAUACAAACUGCCAUUCUUAUUCAAAUAUAGAUCAAGCAAAAUCUUUGUAUUUUGGACAGCUGCAGUUGGCCUGUUUACCAGUACAUUUGUACACUCCAUCUUAUUUCCACUAUCACCAUUUAUCGUGGCCCGCAUUAGAAAUCUUGAUAAAGACUGGGCGGAUCACUCAAAGUCAACUGCCAUUACAGCGAAUAUCGAGAUGACAUCCAGGGACACUGGCAUUCUGGUUGCUCUGUAUGCAGUAGGCUUGUUAUCUGGAUCACCGUUAUUUGGAUGGUUGGGGGAUAGAAUCAAACAAAGAAGAUUGCCAAUGCUCCUAGGAACCAUAGCCUCGAUGGCUGCCAAUCUGCUAUUCAUGCUAUCUACUACUUAUCCCAUGCUGCUCAUUGCUCGCUUUCUACAAGGCGUCUCCAAUGCAUGUGUCUGGACCAUGUGCCUCUGUUUAAUAGCUGACAACUGGCCAAAAGAUCAGCUAGGUGUGCAGAUGGGCAAACUGGUUGGGUUCUAUCCAUUAGGAAUGAUGGUUGGACUACCCGCAGGAGUAUUGUACAGCGAAUUAGGCCAUGGAGCGCCAUUCAUAGCUUCCAUGAUCCUCAGUGCCAUUGAUUUACUGAUGCGCCUAGUUAUCAUUGAGCGUUCCAGUGCGCCAAAGGAAUGGUUUUACGAUCAAGAUUUGCAAAAAGAUACAGAGAAACGCACCAAGACGGUUGACGAUGAUCUUCAAAAUAGCCCUGAACCUGGCACAAGUCGUGUAACCUGGGUGCAAUUGCUAAAACAACCAAGGCUUAUCGUAUCGCUUGCACUAACAGCCAUUGUAGCCACUGUGAUGAGUGCCUUUGAGCCAACUCUAUCCAUGCGCUUAGCUCAAGAAUGGGGCUUCAAUGCAGCAGGCUGCAGCCUGAUUGUUUUAGCCUACAUGAUUCCUUCCAUCAUUGCCAGUAUUGUUUGUGGUUGGCUAUGCGAUCGUUAUGGCACUAAAAUAGUUGCGCUUGUGUCAUUGCUGUUGGCAACACCAUCGUGUUUGCUGAUUGGAUUUCCAAGUCAAGAGAGAGGCUCGUUCUGGCUACUGGUGCCAACUCUUAUUAUGGGCGGUAUCACGAUUGCCGGAUGCCAGGCACCUGUAUUCCCAGAAAUUGCAAAAGUAGUGGACAAGGAGAAUGGAAGCUCAAAUUCAUCGGAUGGUUUAGCCCGAAGCUAUUCAUUGUUCAAUGCUGCCUAUGGCGUUGGCAUGUGUGUGGGUCCUCUUAUAGCAGGCUAUCUCUAUGCAAGCAUUGGGUUCUUUUGGCUGUGCACUAUCUUGAGUAUGCUGUUCUUUUGCUUUAUACCAUUAGCCUAUUUGUUUAUUGGCGAUGGCCGAAAAUUCAUCGUCAGAAAUGCAGCAGCAGCAGCAGCAGCAGCAGCACCAGCAACAGCAACCGAUCAUCAUGAUGCUGAAACUGUCAUGACAGCAGAAGCAGACAUUGAAACAAAUACCAUAGUGAUUGUUGUACCUGAAUCAAAUCUCUCACUGACAACCGUUACUGUUCCCGAUGAAGCAAACUCCAAGUAG